AUGAUGUUCCACACCUUCUCUGUCGUGCUCCUUGCGCUCCCCUUCACCCUCGCCGUCGAGGCGGAGCGGCCAAAGUACACCUCUUGCGGCUCGCGGGGAAUGAAGCCCUGCAGCCCAGGGCUCAAGUGCAUCGACAACCCCUACAGGCCCGCCAGCCGCAGCUGCGGAAUCUGCGUCCCAGAGACCGGCUCUGCCCCGGCCCCCGGGUCUCCUGCGUCUGGUGAUAGCACCGCGCCCGUCACCACCCCCACACCCAGCUCCGGCGCCGGCGCUAGCUGCGGAGGCUUUCUGGGCUCAGCCUGCAGUGGUGGGCUGAAAUGCGUACAAGCCCGGAAGGAGGUCCAGUAUUGUAACGACUGCUUGGGAGUUUGUGUUUGAUCUUUAUCCAUUCCAUGUCAACAAGUGCCGCUGCAAACCGGGCUUGGGAACCUUCUCAUGAG